GGCGGAUUGGGCGCGUAGGCCAGCGCGGCGGCUCCGGGGCAAAGCUGAGAGCGCGGGCGCCAGUCGGUUAUUUCAGUCUCUUGCUCAUUACUUCUGAAGAGCAGCAAAUGGCAUUGUGCUGUGCUGUCUUGAGAAGAUACUCCUGAGGACCCAGCAGUGAUCGGUGAAAGCAACAGAUUUGUGUUCAUCUGGGUGACUGAACAGGAGUGAUGCCUCCAGGCAGGUGGUAUGCUGCCCGCUCAGCUCAGGCCCAGGCUUCAAGGAAGCGUGGACACCCUAACUUGAUAAAGAAGGAAGAGGAGGAGGAUGAAUAUACUCUGGUGCAGACUGCCAGGCCACAGACACUUAACCGCCCUGGCCAGGAGCUAUUCCGCCAGCUCUUUAGGCAGCUUCGCUACCACGAGUCUUCUGGGCCCCUAGAAACUCUGGGCCGCCUCCGGGAGCUCUGCCGCUGGUGGAUGAGGCCUGAUGUUCUUUCCAAGGCACAGAUGUUGGAGCUGCUGGUGUUGGAGCAGUUCCUGAGUAUCUUGCCUGGAGAGCUUCGGACCUGGGUGCAGCUCCAUUGCCCUGAGAGUGGUGAGGAGGCUGUGGCCUUGCUGGAGGAGCUGCACAGGGAUCUUGAUGGGACACCAUGGAAGGACCCACACCCUGCUCAGAGCCCAGAUGUACAUUGGAUGGGCACAGGAGCCCUAUGUUCUGCACAGAUAUGGUCCCCUGCUUCGCCUUUCAGGAGCGACUCUGUUCUGGGGGACCAUUUGGAAUCUCCACAUGCAAUAGGAGUGUGUGACUUCCUUGCUGGGCAAUCCGAUCCUGCUGCCGCCCAGGUGCCUGCCCAUUUCCAGAUGGAAGGGAGCACAGGAGAGCAGGUAACAGCCAGCAAGUCUGUAACAGCCCGGCCCCAGGAACGCUUGACGUUCAAGGAUGUAGAGGUGACCUUCUCUCAGGAUGAGUGGGGAUACCUGGACUCGUCUCAGAGGAACCUCUACCAGGAUGUGAUGCUGGAAAAUUAUGGGCACAUGAUUUCUGUGGUGGGGCCACCUUCAAAACCUGCUCUGAUCUCCUGGUUGGAAGCAAGGGAAGCAUGGAGCCUGGAUGUCUGCACAGGUCAGCCUGUGAAGGAUUCAGCUACUGCCCCUGAAGGAGGUGAGCUCCAGAUUAUGACAAGAAAGUUGAACUCGAAACAGGAUGCUUCAGAAUACACAGAAACCUUUCCUGAGCUAUUAGUCUGUCCUGUGACACGUGUUUCUGGGGUAGCAGGGCUCAGAGAAUCUUUGAAAGAGAAGAACGCACUACAGCAACUCUGUGGAAGCCCCAUGAGAGUGAGAGAAAUUAAGGAAGAAACAGACAUCAAUCACAGGACAGGAAGAGAAUCUCAAGUAUUAGGAAUAAAUGAUAUUCCUGACCUAAAACAUGUUAAGUGUGUUAGAGUUUCCCAGAAAAAGCGAUGCUUUAAACAUGGCUAUGACAGAUACUUCAGAAAAAGUUCAUGCCAUUAUGACUGCAAGAAAUACGGGAAGGGGCCCCGACACACAAUUGAGGGGUUUGGUGUGUAUCAGCGAAUUCACGCUGCUCCGAAAGAGAAUGAAAAGGGCACACGUGGAAAGGAUUUCAUGCUUAGCUCUGAUCACCAGCAGGAGCAGAGUGUUCCUGUUGUUCAGGAGUAUAGAUGCCGUGACUGUGGGAAGACCUUCGGUAAAAGUUCCCGUCUUGCGCAACAUCAGAGACUUCAUAGUCAAGAGAAACCAUUUAAAUGUAGGGUGUGUGAGAAGGCCUUCAGGUGGUACUCAAACUGUUCGCGACAUGAGAAAAUCCACACUGGCGUGAAACCUUAUAAAUGCAGUUUAUGUGAGAAAGCUUUCCAGCGUCAGUCAGCCUACCGUCUUCACCAGAAAACCCAUACUAAAGUGGAAUUUGACUCUGACCGGUACAAAAAAGCUCUCACCUACAGCUUGGAGCUCAAUCAUUUGACAGACCAGAAUGGGGAGAAAUUCUUUAACUGCAGCCAGUGCAGCAAAUCCUUUCGCUGUAAGUCCUAUGCUCUUGAACAUCAAAGAAUUCAUACACAGGAGAAACCUUAUAAAUGUACCAGAUGUAGGAAAGCCUUUUGGUGGAGGUCACACUUUUCACGUCAUGUGAGACUGCACCAGGAGCAGGAGUUCUGUCAACAAGAUAAAUGUCAAGAAAAGUUCCAGCAGAACUUCAGUCAGCCCCGGGGUAUGCCCAAAGUAGAGAAAGCUUUUCUGUGUCAGCUUUGUGGGAAAACUUUUGCUCAAAAGAAAUCACUCAUUGAACACCAUAGGGUUCACACAGGUGAGAAACCAUACCAAUGUAGUGAGUGUGGGAAAAGAUUUACCUAUAGGUCAGCCUUUAUUGUUCAUAAGAAGCAUCAUGCCUUUAGAAGAAAACCUGAAAGUGGACCAUCUUUUAAUCAGGAUACAUUGUUUCAAGUUCCUCAGAGCAGUCACACUACAGAGAAGCCCCACAAAUGUAACCACUGUGGGAAAACCUUCGACAAUCACUCUUUCCUUCUCAUUCAUCAGAGAGUUCACACCAGAGAAAAGCCCUAUAAGUGCAGGGAGUGUGGAAAAGCCUUCCGAUGGAGUUCUAAUCGCUCCCGACAUGAGAGGCAACACUGUUUGUACCAAGGGUACAAGUAUGAAAGUGAAGCAACUCCAAACCUAGAGUCCAGUGUCCUCACUGGUCCGAAGCGCUUUUGGUGUGCAGAAUGUGGGAAAACCUUUACACGUAAAAGAAGUCUUUCAGAUCACAUGGGAAUACACAGUGGAGAGAAACGCUUUAAGUGCAACGUGUGUGGGAAAUCCUAUGAUAGAAAUCAUCGACUGGUUAAUCAUCAGAGAAUCCAUGCUGCAGAGAGACCUUUUAAAUCUUAGUGGUGUGGUAAAGAUCUCACCAGGAAACAUUCCUUCUGUUCCCUAGAGAAAUCAGACCAAAGCAGUACACUCUGAACGCAGCCUGCCUGGCUUAUCUUCUUGUGAGGACAGAAGGUUAAUGUUCUGAAAUUAAAGCCACCAAGUAGAGAGAAGCCCCUUGAAGAGUGUGAUGACCUUUCUGACCGGAGCUCCAUGUCACUGGACUCGAGAAAAUACCCACUGAGAAAAACUGCCACAGAUGUAGCAUUUGUGGGAAAAGUUUUAGCAAACAUUCACAGCUCAGUAGCUACAAGAGAUUUCACACUCGAGAGAAGCCCUUCAAAUGUAAAGUGUGUGGGAAGACUUUCAGGUGGUCUUCCAAUUUGGCCCGGCAUAUGAAAAACCCCAUUAGAGAUUAGCCUCGGGCCUCAGGAUAGUGGAUAGUAGGCACUAAGGGGAAUACAUUCAAAGUCCCAGUCCUUUCUGGUUUGGAAGCACUUGGCUUGGAAUCCCGAGGAUUUAGACGCUCAGUGACUCAUCAGUGUACCUUCUGAGAAGUGAUGUUGGGGAAAAGCAGCACGUUUUCUGGGGCCGUUCUGCAGGCCGAGGCCCUUAGCUAUAGUUCACAACUCUUCCAGACAGCCAGGUCUCCUCUGAGAACUCUAUUGUAGUUUGUGAUUAGAUACUUUGUAGUCUGAUUCCAGUUCUUGUUUAGGUUUGGCUUGUAUGUUCUUUGACUUUAAAGGAACAGCAUCAAGAGUCCUAGUCUCAGGGACUGGAGAGAUGGCCUAGUGUUUAAGAACACUUGUGGCUGUUACACAGGACCUGGGUUUGGUUUCCAGCACCCCCAUAGCAGCUCCGUAACUGUCGAUAACUACAGCUCCAUUGGAUCCAAUGCCACCUUCUUGCUUCCGUGGGCAUUGCAUGCACUUGGUGCACAUCUGUGCAGGGAAUCACACAGAAACCUUCAAAGAAAAAAAAUGAAACUACUACUAAUCUUCCCAGACAUGUCCUGGGGAGCUCUGCUGGGGCUUCAGUUUUACAGUUGGGUUUUAGUUAGUAUUAUUACUCUCUGUAGGGAGUAAGAAGGGCAGAGUGCUGGGCUCCAUUGUUUGAUCAAGAUGGCCUUAAUCCUCAGUUCAUCUGAGGUAUGAGCACCUCCCAUAUGCCAGGUACCUGUAUGUGUGCCAAAGACACAGCAGUGACCUGAAGAGGCAACUGACGUGCUGUCUUGGGUCCCUUCAGACAGUAAAUAAGAUGGGUUAUAUUCUUGAUGAUGAUACCUCUUGAGAGCAAAGUAAGAGAAGAAUGGGAAGGAAUGCUGAAUUGGUGUGUGGGUUGUGAAUUUAAACAGGCUGAUCAGGAAGGAGCUGAAAAGAGAAGGUGAAAACUAGUUCAGUAAGGCACUGAAAGAAGUUGGGGAGUGAGCAUCAGGCAGAUGAGGUGGAAUCUUGUCUGGUGGCCUCUGGGGACAGCAGAGUCCCCUGGGUGGAAUGGAGUGAGUCAGCUGCAGAGAGUGGACUUCAGGAGAGUCCUUCAAGUCUUCGUAGAGGUGGUGUUAACACAUCUGUUGGUGCUGCGUCUCUGAAGAGAAUACCACUCUGUUCAUAGUUUGCCUUGCCUGGGACCUUGUCCUUAAGUCUGCUCCCUUGGCCUGAUCUCUCCUGAGGCCCAUGUCUUAGUGUCAUCUGGCAGCCAACUCAGCCUGAACCCUCAGGAAGGGGAGGCGUGGGUGCUCAUGAUUGCAGAGAUUUUGCAAAAGAUUGCUUCUGUGAAGAAUCAAGUUCAGCUAAGUCAGGGCUAGAGUUUUCUAAGAUGCUCUUGAUCAGAAAAGUUGGAAGUUCAAAUUUUUUCUAUUUGUAUCUGUUUUUAAGUUUGUUUUAGAUAGGCUCUCACUAGGUAGCCCUGGCUGGCCUAGAGGUUGUGAGUCAACCAGGCUGGCCUCAGAUUCACAGUAAUUCUACUUCUGCCUUCAAAGCACUGGAGCUAGAGGCAUACACCAACACAGCCAGCCUCGGGAAUUUUUUUAAAGCAAGCCUCCAGUGAAGAAUUAGCAUGAAGCCAUACUGUAGAACACAGCUUCUGUUUGGGAGCCUUGCAGUUUGUUUCUGAGUUGAUGGGAUUCUAGUUGGUAGCUUCUUAAUGCUUUGGCCACCCUGUGUAAUCUCGUUUGUGAACUUGGCCUGGUAAGUACACAGGUUCUUUUAGUCUAGCCUAUCUCAUUAUUCUCUUGGAAAGGAACUGAAGUUGGGGAUGGGGAUAGUCAGGUGGGCAGCGACCAAUACAGGAAGAAAUAGGAGUGAGAUAGCCACUCAUUCACCUGGCCAUUUUGGUCAGCUCCAUCGUAGCUGAAGACUCAGACCACAGUGCAGUGUGUCCAGAGAAGAAACCACACAAAGACCAAAAUAUGCACAAUCUCACACAUUUUUGAAAGCCCAGCUGUGUAAAUAUGUGGAAGUGGAAUCUACAGUCCUUCGUAAGUGGAAAUUGAGACAGCUACUUACUGUGCCACGCAAUUUGCAAAGUCUUACAAAAUUUUGAGUACCAACCAGUGGCUCCCUUCCUGGAUCAGCAUGAAGAAAGGUGAGACCUGUCAUUGCAGCAUUGUUUAGGUUGU